ACAUCAAAAACACAUUUUCUGGCUACAGGACCUCGCUUCACAGACAUGACCGAUGUGCCUUUCAGUGGGAUCUUCAAGGCGGCAUCAAAGCUGGAUACAUCUAUCGACGCUCCUCCUUACACUCCAGGGCUAGAGAAAUGUGGGUUCCAUACGAACUUCGGGAAGACCUUCUAUGGACACCUGGAAGCGAAUCCCGAGAGAGCUUUGAAAUUCUCCAAAGCAAUGAGCGGCUGGUCGUUGGUUACGUUGUUUCUGCUACUCUCUUUUGACUUAGAUGACACUGAUAGUGCAUUAAACACCAAAGUCGUCGAUAUCGGUGGUGGCAACGGGAAUAUCAGCGUUGAUCUCGUGCAGCACUAUGCCUCUUUGACGUUUACCGUGCAAGACAUCUCAUUCCACCAACUCUACUCUGCCCAACCAGCCGAUGUUAAAGACCGAGUCGCCUUCCAACAAUAUGACUACACCACGCCGCAGCCAAUCCGCGACGCAGGCGUCUACAUCUUCCGCAUCGCCUUCCACAACAAUGACGAGGAGGCCAUGAAGAUGCUUCGGGCCAUCAUUCUUACUCUUGAGAGCCGCUCUGACGACCACGUCCUCUUGAUCAAUGAUUAAAUUGUCCCAGAGCGCGCAGAAGGCGAGAUCACAAGGAGCGAGGAGCAUCGCCAGUUGGAUCUGUUGAUGCUGAUAUUGCUCGGGGCGGAGGACGGAGAGGGAUUACAAGGGCUUGUUUAGGAGUGUGAAUAAGAGAUUGGAGAUUCCGAGGAUGCAAUGCAGUCCUAGUGGUGCUGAAUUGUGGGAAGCUCGGCUUAGGCAGUGAGAACGGUUGGUUAUGGAGCAGCUAUGUUCCCUAUGUUCCCGUCGAUAUUUGACAGAAGUCGUGCAUUGUCCAGCUACAUCCGAGUUAUCCCGAGAGUUUACCUCUGUAUAUAAACAUUGUG